UUAUCUUUUGUCAUCGAUUCCUAAUUCGACAAUCACAUGCGAAGAAUGAUAGAAGAACUAUUGCUACUGUGUGUAUGUUCCUUGCUGGGAAGGUUGAAGAGACACCUCGUCCAUUAAAGGAUUUCAUUGUUGUUUCCUAUAAGAUAAUAAACAAAAAAGAUCCCGCUGCAGCCCAGAAGAUCAAACAGAAGAAAUUGUAUGAGCAACAAAAGGAGCUAAUUUUAACUGGAGAGAGGGUUGUACUUUCCACGUUGGCUUUUGACUUCAAUGUUCAUCACCAGUAUAAACCUCUUGUGGAAGCUAUAAAGAAAUUCAAGGUUGCACAGAAAGCCCUUGCUCAAGUUGCGUGGAAUUUUGUUAACGAUGGGCUGAGGACGUCACUCUGCCUGCAAUUUAAGCCCCAUCAUAUUGCGGCGGGUGCCAUUUUCCUUGCUGCCAAGAUCCUCAAAGUGAAGCUUCCAUCGAACGGUGAGAAGGUUUGGUGGCAAGAAUUUGAUGUCACCCCUCUUCAAUUAGAGGAGGUUAGCAAUCAAAUGCUGGAACUUUACGAGCAAAAUAGAGCACCCCCUUCUGAGGGUAGUGAAGUAGAAGGAAGUGCCGGUGGUGGUGGCGACUAUAGGGUUCCGGCAAAACAUCCUUCUGAAAGUCAGGAAAAGCAAUCACGAUUGACAGCUGACAACUCGUCUACUGACAACCAUGGAAUGCAGUCAAGAACCGCUCAAAACCAGAGUAACGAUAAUGGGAGUGGGGAGAUGGAUAGUGUCAUUAGGGAUCACAAAAUGGAGAACAAGGAUGGCCAACAUCAUGAGCAGUUGCCCCACAAGGAUAACACGGGGGAAGUUUCAAAUAAAUCAAGGUCUGGAAAGGAGCGAACUGGUAGGGAAGAUCGGGAAAGAAGUGUUGGGAGAAAUGAAAUUGCAGAAGCAGGUGAGUGGGGGGAUGAUGGAGCAUCACGUAAGGCUAGCAGUUUGGUCAGGCGAAACAUGGAUAUUCGGGAAGGACCCGUUGGGCAGUCCCCCAAAGAAGCUAUUAAAAUCGACAAAGACAUCCUCGAUUUCCACUCCUAA